AUGCAUUGGAAGACUACCAGAUACACUGGGAUUGCGUUUUCGGGCCUGAAUCCUUGGAGGAAGUGUUUCAGAGGGGGGGUGACUUCACGACCUGCCCUGGAGCUACCAAAGAGCACCCGUGCUCCAGGUGGCUACAUGGUCAAGGGCGACCCGAUCUACUCCCUCACCGCCAACAAGCACGGGCUGCACGUUCGCUUCAGCAACUUGGAGUCCAUCGAAGACUACCACGACGGCUUGGACAUGCCGCUGGACUGGGAUGCCGCCACCGGGGAGUGGGUGCACGUGGAAAUCAUCACCACCUUCGGGAAGUCCAUGGUGGCCGACCGAUGGAUGGAAUACAUGCGCAUGCCAUGA